AUGACUGGUUUCCGAGUCAUCAUCGCCGGAGGCGGUAUUGCGGGCUUAACGCUCGCCAACGCUCUGGAAAAAGCCAACAUCGACUAUGUACUCCUCGAAGCUCGUGACACGAUUUCACCAGAAGUUGGUGCAUCAAUCGGGAUUUUCCAAAACGGUGCUCGUCUUCUCGAUCAGGUAGGGUGUCUAGAGGCCAUCUGGAAAGAGACUUGCGCUCUUCGCCUAGGUCGAGAACGCAAUGGACAGGGGAUACAAUACCAUGAAGGCGACGGUGUCCAGCUAGUGGAAGCUCGUACCGGCUACCCCGCUCUCUUCGUUGAAAGAGAGAGGGUUCUACACAUAAUGUACCAGAAUCUCAGAGACAAAUCGAAGAUCGAGUUGCAAAAGCGAAUCUCAAGAGUCGACCACAACGAGAAUGCGGUGACUGUCACCUGCAACGACGGUACCAUUAUCAGCGGCGACGUCUUGGUUGGCUGCGACGGUGUGCAUAGCGUCGUCCGUCAAGAAAUGUGGCGGCUUGCCCACCUCCAUGAGCAGAACUCCUUCGACCCAUCUGACAAGGAAAUGCUGUGCGCUGAAUACAAGUGUCUGUUCGGCAUCUCGACUUCAACAGACGACACGGUGACGACCCGUGCUCUCCCAGUGACUGACAAAUUUGCAGAUAAAUCGACUGAGCUACCACGGUUCACCAAGAAAGAUGCCGAAAGCUUUGCAAACGAUAUCCAGAACUACACUAUCACGCCUGAGCUGACGUUUGAUAAAAUCUGGAGUAACAGAAGCACGUACACCUUGGUGCCGACUGAAGAGGCUCAGUUGAAGCGGUGGUCUUGGGGCCGUAUUGCCUGUGUAGGCGAUUGCAUUCAUAAAAUGACCCCAAAUAUGGGCGCAGGCGGCAACGCAGCUAUGGAGACAGCUGCGGCUCUGGCAAACGAGCUGAAGAAGAUGGUAGACACGGCCGAGAAAGGGAAGCCUAGCUACGACAACGUCAGAGCUCACCUCGCCAACUGCCAGAAAGUCCGGGACAUCCGCCUGAGCGCAGUGCUCAAAGCGGCAAAUGAUCUCACGCGUAUGCACGCGCUUGCAACACUCAAGGACAGAUUCCUUGCGUUUUGGGUCCUUCCCAAUUCUGGUGACUUUUCAUCGGACCUUCUAAGUGACAUGAUCAUUGGGGCUGUCAAGCUUGACUACCUCCCUACACCUGAACGAUCAUUCCACGGUACGAUGCCGUUCAAUCCAUCUCAAGGGCUCGGUCAGGCCGAGUCGAAGCUAUGGAGAGCUGUACGGGCAUUGCCGUUCCUGGCCAUCACGGCUGCCGCGACUUAUUUCAUGUUGGGUAUCUGUUUACCGCACAUCGUAGAGCGGAUCGGCCAGAUCUUGGAAGAGGGUGUUCAGAACGCCAUCGGUGAAGCUGUGCAUGUCAAGAUGGUGCACAGUUUCUAUGGUGUCGAAUUUCUUGACAGCAGAUUCAGAUCUCUUACCGCUUGCUUCGCCUCGUUCCAGUUCGUCGACCAUGUCUGCAGCUGGCAGACCUUGAGCUUCUUGACGGACGUCGGUAUUGUGUACUCGAUUUUGCUGAUUGAGAGCGCGCGAAGGGCAAACAUAAUGACUCUCUCCUACUUACCCAUCAUUCUCGGAUACAACAUGCAAUUCUUCGGUAUCGGCGUUCUUAUGGCCCUCUGGUGCUUCGUACACUACAUACAAACCCCGAUCGAGAAUUUCCGCGCUCGCGACUUGCGUCUCACCGACCUCUCCUACACCGCCUCUGUCCUCCCAGUCAUGCUGUUGACUUACUAUCUACCCAGCCUCAUCUCGUUCUCGGCUUGGGUCGACCCUCAGAUACGCCAUGCUGCCGACUGGAUUUGGCAGCCUUUCGCACUAUGGACAGCCAUCCUGCAGUACCUGCUCAAAAAGACUGUCAUGCCGGACACCAUCCAGCAAGACCGGAUCAAGCACCCGUUCCGCGAUCUGCCAGUCAUCAAGUACACGAUCUAUUCGCUUUGCGCAAUCUCAGUGACGACGUGGUGGUACACGCUCUACAAUGCGCCCUUCUCAUUUGCGACUCUGUUCAUUCCGAACGUUGCUGCCAUGAAGACGCAUGACGAAUUCAUCAGGUUGUUCCUACAAUUUGAUGAGGUUUUCUCGAUGGGAGCGUGCCUCCUUUGGCUUCUGUAUCUGUUCGGUGACUUGAAAAGAGCGGGCAUGGUGGAUCAUAGCUGGUUGAGUAUUGUGGGCAGGGGCGUGGUUACAUUUGCUGCUACAGGUCCAGGCGUCACCUUCGGCUUGGGAUGGUGGUGGAGGGAGCAGCUGCUUGCGACGAAGUGGCACAAAGAUGCCAUUGUGGCAGGGAAGUCGAAGUAG